AUGGCCACCAAUCUACAUGACCACGCUUACCGAGGGACUCUGACGGAGGAGCUCCUCCAACGGUUUCUAGCCGGCGCUGACCCGUCCUUUAUCAACUCCAUCGGCGGGGAGAAGAAACUGACGCCGCUCGCAGCAGCCUGCCUACGUGGGCAUCUCGACGUCGUCCGGCUGCUACUGGAGAAUCGCGCGGAUGCGAAUGCUGUAUCUUCGAGGGAGCGUCCGCCGCUGUUCUACGUGACAUCUCGCACAACGAAUAACAGACUCGACAUUGCCCGAGCCCUGCUGAACGCUGGGGCCGAUGUCGACAAACGUUUCCCGAAGGACGAGAACGCAACCGCGCUCAUGAACGCACUUACCGAAGUCCGUGACAAGGACUUGGUACACGAGCUGGUUGACCAUGGCGCGUCUCUGAGCGCGAAGAAUGACGGUGGGCAGUCUGUGAGGGACCUCGCCAAGGAGGUCGGCAUGGACCAGGAGCUUUUGACCAAGCAGGAGCGAAACGCGACGCGCGGCGCGGUCAUUGACCUCAUCGUUGCCCUCGUCAUGUUUGUGAUCGCGUACGUGAACAGCGGGCUCAUCAAGGACGUCGCAUUCGGCACCAUCAGCAAGUUGUACGAAGUAUCCGGCGCGAAGGGUAAGAACUUAGUACAGCCUGAACCAGAGCUGAUUUCCGUGGAAGACUUCAAGAACAGCCUGGGAGACUAUGUCCGCGACACUGGUCUCGAGAAAUUCUUUGCCCGGGACGAUCCAUUCAUCCAGACUUUGGCGGUGAAAGCCGCUGCCCUCCGCGCGGACCAGACGACGCCGCUGAGUAAACCCGAGAACAUCAAACGUCUCGUCACAUUGUCCCUUUACCAUCCCGUUAUAUUCUGCGACGACAGCGGCUCCAUGAGCCUCGACAAUCGUUUCGCGAAACAGAGGGCCCUCGUCGGUCGCAUGGCAAGGAUCGCUACGAAGAUCGUGCCGGACGACUGUGGCGUAGACCUUCGCUUCAUCAAUGCACGAGUCAUGGAACAGAACCUGUCCAUGGACGGUUUGGACAGGAUCCUGGCCCGGACGCAGCCUCGCGGUGGCACCAGGAUCGGCAGCACGCUCCGCCGCGACAUCCUCGUACCCCUCGUAUACAGCAAGAUCGACGCCGGAUCACAGUUCAAGCGGCCGCUCCUCGUCUGUGCGAUCACAGAUGGCGACCCGAGCAGCGAGCCUGUGACCGCGUUCAAGGAUGUCAUUGUGGAAUGCAGGCGUAGGCUUGUUGCCGAAGGCUACGAGCCAACGUCGGUGAUGUUCUGCAUCAGCCAGAUCGGCAAUGACCAGAAGGCAGCCGCAUUCCUCUCUGGCUUGCGCGAUGACGAGGAAAUACGUGACGUGUUGUAUUGCACGGCCGAGCGACUGGAUGGUGCGUUUGACGAGAUGAGGGCGAAUGAGGGGAGACUGGAGGAGUGGUUGCUGAAGGUGCUGACGAAGCCAAUCAUGGAGAGGUACGAAGAGUGA